AUGGAGACCAUAUCCCUGGAGUCGACCAACUCCAAGACCUCGCACAAACGCUUACCCAACAAGGAGCCCAAGAGAGAUGAUAGUGUGACCAAGUCUGGCAAGUCGCGGGGUGUGCAGCAGGCCACCUCUCCCUCGCGUACUCAGCCUGAACUAUCACCCAAGGCAUCAUCGGAACCGAAGGCCGCAAUGGACUCUGUCUCUACCAAGCACACAAAACCACUUGAGCUCCCAGAUCUUCCACCUUCGGAGUUCAUCUACCCCCGCAAGUUGGAUUUGGGUAUAUUGGAAUGCUUAUCUGACGAGAGGGAGACAACCCACGAGUCAGUCUCCGACAACCCGUCCGAGCAGCUCACGGAAGUCUCCACGCCUUAUACCCCAGUUUUGCACGCAGUGUCACAGUACAAUCAGCGCAUCCGGAGCCACUGUGGGAGCAAAUGUGAGACAUGGCUGACACGCCAGAUGUACGAUGAGUUGGGCGAUAUCUCUACUCGCAUUGAAAAGAUUAUGCAUGGGACCACGGUGAUGCUAGAGGAGAGGGAGGCCAGGGAUGAAUUUGCGAGUGUUAGUUUAAUUGGUACAAGGAGAGGUGCACCAUGUUUCUUCUAUCACAUUUCUAAUCGUUAA